AUGCCGCCGCCGCAGUUCCCCUCCGAUCGCGCCAGGCCCAGGCCAGGCGAGAGCUCCGUCCCCGCCGUCAAGAGGGCGCCGCCAGCUUCCGUCUCCGCCGCCGCCGCCGCCGCCUCGGCCAAGAUCGCGCGCCCGGCGUCCGCGCCCGACCUCACCGCGCUCUCCGCUGCAAGGCCGCGCCCGCCGCCCUCCGCCAAGGUCGUCGCGUCGCCGUCGGACAGGAAACCGGUCCGCCCGAUGCCGCCGCCGCAGCAGCAGCACCGCGGCCUCGCUCCCCACGCCGCCCGGCCGCGCCCGCCCUCGACGCCGGCCAAGAAUACUGGCGCGCCGCAGCCGCGCGGCCCGCCCACGUCGUCCGUCCCGCGCCGCCCGGCGCCGCACGACGGCGGCCCCGCGAAGCCGGCGUCGCCCCGGAACAUCAACUGCCGCAUCUUGCUCUGGCUCCCGGCGCGGGUCGUCUCCGCCUCCGACGCCUACCACCUCACCAUCAAGUACGCCGCCGACCUCAACGACAUGUUCGCCGGCAAGAUCGUCAGCAAGCCCGUCGACCACAUCCGCGUCGCGCCACACCGCGCCGCCGCCAGGGCCGACCAAAGAAAGCCGGAGACAAAACAACACGCCUUGUCGUGA